AAGCACAAGAGUGAAAGUGGAGAGCGCGGGGUCCGAUUAGAGUAACACAGAAGGAGAAGUAGAGUUUGAAGAUGGACUUAGGUUAUAUUGUCAACGCCAUGAUCCCUACAUGGAGCUCUGUUGUUAUACUUCACUCUUUUUUCAUUUACUUGGCUAUCGCUGGAUCUUUUCUACCUGGGAGGAUCGUUCCUGGCGUCACCCUAUCAGAUGGCACUCGACUUCAUUACCGCUGCAAUGGCCUUGUGUCACUUCUUUUACUGGUUUCCCUCUUAGGGAUCGGCGCUGCCUUGAAGCUGAUAUCGCCAACGGUAAUUGCUGACAAAGGACUUGAGCUGCUUUUUACAACUUUUAUAUUCAGCUUCAUUGCAACAUUGGUACUUUAUGCUGCUGGUUGCAAAUCUCGUGAUCAGGGUUCCUCUUUAAAACCACACGUCACAAGAAACUUUAUUCAUGACUGGUGGUUUGGAAUACAGCUGAAUCCUCAGUUUAUGGGAGUUGACCUCAAAUUUUUCUUUGUUAGAGCUGGAAUGAUGGGCUGGCUACUUAUCAAUCUUUCAGUUCUAGCCAAAAGCAUUGAAGAUGGCAGCUUAAGCCAGUCAAUGAUCCUUUUUCAACUAUUUUGUAUGUGGUAUGUUGUGGACUACUUUUUUCAUGAGGAGUUCAUGACCUCCACAUGGGACAUUAUUGCAGAGAGGUUGGGCUUCAUGUUGGUGUUUGGAGAUCUAGUGUGGAUUCCUUUCACUUUUAGUAUCCAGGGUUGGUGGCUUUUGAGAAACAAAGUGGAGCUAACAAAAGCUGCUGUGUUUACAAAUUGCUUAAUUUUUCUGAUUGGGUAUCUUGUCUUUAGAGGAGCCAACAAGCAAAAGCAUGUAUUUAAGAAGAAUCCAAAAGCCCCUAUAUGGGGUAAACCUCCAAAAGUUAUUGGGGGAAAACUGCUUGCUUCUGGUUAUUGGGGAGUCGCAAGGCAUUGCAAUUACUUGGGGGACCUGCUGGUAGCUCUAUCCUUUAGUCUACCUUGUGGGAUCAGUUCCCUUAUUCCAUACUUCUACCCUGUCUACCUUCUUAUUCUGCUGAUAUGGAGAGAGAGAAGGGAUGAAGUUCGGUGUGCAGAGAAGUAUAAAGAAGUCUGGGCCAAUUAUUGCAAGCUUGUUCCAUGGAGGAUACUACCCUAUGUUUAUUAGAGAUGCUCAAUGGUCCCAUAUUCAUCAAACAUAGUCUGUUUCUUGCCUUACCAGGUGCAUUAUAUGCUUCUUGUGAUUUUGUUGUCAUUUUACAUCCUUCUGGGUGCUUGGGCAAGAUGCAUGGAUUCUUCCAACCAAACCUUAUUUUUUGUCGCCUGCUUACAUCUUGAUCAUGACAUGCAACAGGAUAGAUGAUCAAAGAAAGUAGAAAUGCUGAAUUAGUUGUAUUUCUUGAUGUCACUAAUCCAAUCUGCAGUUUUGAGCC